UAGCACUUUUCAAGUUUUGGUGCGAAGAUCAAUUGUACGGAGUACAAGAGAAUCCAGAUACCAUUGUUGUCCUCCCGAUUUUCUAAUGAAAGAAAUGUAUUGUGAUUAAAGGAUUCUCUCGAAAAUGUCAUGAAAGACGUGUGGACUUAGCAUAAUGAUGUACAGUUAUGAUUAUAUUACUCCUAGUCUCUACUACCCACUGACAGGUAGGGCACAGCUGUUCUACUUACUUUCAAUGACACGCGGGGCCCACUAGCAGCCAUCCCCUCUCUCCCCAGUUUACCACCCGGCGGCGGCGCCACCGAGUCACCUUCACGCCGCCGCGUGCAGCUGGGCUGGUUGGCUGGCUGUCUCUCCAUGACAAGGCGUCCGCCUUGCUCGUAGCGAACCAGCAAACAGCGAGGGAGCUGUAUGGGAGUCGAGGUAGCAAGCGGAGCGCAGCCGAGCCCGGAAGAGAGUCUCGCGGCGGCGGGGGAAAGGAGGGAGCGGAACCAUGGUCCGGUCCCGGGCGCAGCUGGCCCUGUCGACGCGGCUGAUGAACGUCGGCCUGGCUGCGCUCUGCCGGGGCGGCUGGCUCGACCGCGCGGAGUCCGUCGUCGUCGACGCCAUCCGCCUCGGCCUGCCCCCGGAUGUCGUCACCUACAACACCCUCCUCGCCGCGCACUGCCGGGUCGCCGGACUCGACGCCGGGAUAGCCGUCGUGCACCGGAUGCGGGAGGCCGGGGUGAGACCCGACGCCGUCACCUACAACUCCCUCAUCACGGGUGCCGACCGCAGCGGGCUCACGGUGCGCGCCCUUGACCUGUUCGACGAAAUGCUGAGGUCGGGGGUCGCCCCCGAUUCGUGGAGCUACAACGCCCUCAUGCACUGCCUGUUCCGGUCCGGCCAUCCGGAGCACGCCUACAGGGUGUUUGCCGAUAUGGCUGACAAGGGCGUGGCACCAUGUGCCACGACGUACAACACGCUUCUGGAUGGGCUGUUCAAGGCUGGCCAUGCGACCAAUGCGUACAGGAUGUUCAGGUACCUGCAGAGGGCGGGGCUUCCCGUGGGCAUUGUGACUUACAACACAAUGAUCAACGGGCUGUGCAAGUCAGGCAAGGUGGGUUAUGCCCGCAUGGUCCUUAAGGAGCUGGGGAGGACAGAGCAUGCCCCGAACGCUGUCACGUACACAACAGUUAUGAAGUGCUGCUUUAGGUAUGGCAGGUUUGAGCAAGGGUUGGAGACAUUCUUGUCCCUGCUUGAAGGAGGGUACAUUUCGGAUGCCUUCCCAUACACGACAGUGAUCAGUGCGCUUGUCAAAAAGGGCCGGAUGCAAGAAGCCAAUACCUAUUGUGAGCUCAUGAUACAAAGUGGUUCCACGCUUGACAAUGCAUGCUACAACACGCUGAUUCACCUGCGAUGCCAAGAAGGGAAGAUUGAUGACGCAUUUGAGCUGUUGAACAUGAUGGAAGAAGGUGGUCUGGAGAGUGAUGAAUACACAUUCUCAAUUUUGGUCAAUGGUCUAUGCAAGAUGGGGCAAAUCGAGGCUGCCGAGAAGCAGAUAUGGUCCAUGGAGAUGAUGGACAUGCAAUCAAAUGUGGUAGCAUAUAAUUGCUUGAUUGAUGCGCUAUGCAAAUGUCAUGAGGUUGAUGCAGCCAUAAAAAUAUUGCACAGCAUGAGGCUAAAAGAUGAUUUUACUUACACAUCACUAGUCCAUGGUCUAUGUAAGGUGGGUAGAUACCAUAUGGCAUCCAAAUUCUUGCGGAUCUGUUUGCAUGAAGGAAACAACGUUCUUGCGUCUGCAAAGCGUGCUGUUAUUUCUGGGCUUCGUAGUGCAGGGUUUAAAAAUGAUCUGAGGAAAGUCCGAUCAGCAUUAUAUAUGGCUAGGCUGUUGCGGUCUUAAUCCAAGGAGAAAAGAUCUGCAUCCUGAUUAGGUGAUCCUGUGAAAUGAACAAUAUAGUGUGGAUGAGUAGAUGGUACUUUACGAAGAUGUAUGAUGAAGCACCUAGCUACUCAAUCGGUGCAUCAUGCUCCACAGCAAGGAAGCAGAACUGUGUUAUCUUGAGAAACGAUCUGCUCCUAUAAAUCAGUUCCCUGAGGCUCCAUAGGCUGGUGAUGUUGCACAGAAAGACAUGUCGCCAUCAAGUAAAAUGUUUAUUGAGCGUCAAUGAACAACAAAGGCUGAUGCAAACAUGGUCACCAUGGUCCCAAAUGCAACUAGGCGACCCUAGGCGAGCUGGGUAUGCCUAGGCGGCAAGGUGUAACUAGGCCUCCAAAGCGAGCUGGAUCCGCCUGGAUGCCUAGGUGACACUUUUGAAACAGAGAUGGUCACUACUUGGUACAGGCAGCUGCAUUCCUUACCAUUAGUUGCCAGAUGUUACAAGCCCCAAAUGUGCAGGAAGUGAUCCCUCCAUAACUUCCAUGGUUUAAAACUUCACCUUUCAUCUUAUUGGUUUGUGGUGUUACAAUGAACUCUCGGUGAUAUAAAACUAUUCUAAAUUUCAGCAGAAGGUAUUGAUUUUAUUCAGAACAGAGAUGCCCCCAGUUGGAUGGACGUACAGUAUGUGGUCAAAAGAUGAAGAUGUUGCAGCAUAGUACAAAGCAAUCUGUUUGCUAAUGUUUUUUGUUUGGUUCAUUAAUUCUUUUUGAGCAUUUAUGAAGAAUCUUCCUUUGGGUGAUACCUUAUCUGACAACGUUUAUAUGUCUGAAGCAAAUUCUAUACCAAUUAAAGACACAAAACCUAAGUACAUAGCCAUGCCGAUAGACAGGCAUGACGCUGCAAAGUUCUGUAUUUUUGGUCUAAAAGACAAACUCUGGCAAUCAGCUGAUAAUGCAAGCACUGAUCUAUUGUAUUUCCAUUUAUUUCAUAUGAACAAUCUACUGUUCUUCACAAGACAGCAGAAAAUUUUGUUGUACCAUAAGGCUAACCUUCAUUUAUUUGUAAAAUGGUGGAAUCAAUAGUAACUGGGUUGUGUGUUUUUGUUUAGUGGCACAGAUGUAGUUGGUUCUGUUGUUUUGGUGGCUCUGAACAUCCCUUUAUGCAGAGGCUUGUACUGCAGACAUUCUUUCUUUCUUAUAUAAAUACAAA